UCGCCGUUUCCACUUCCGCUGCCAUUUCCGCUUCCUGCGGUGGUAGUCGUGAUGUCGGCCCUGGCAGCGAAUCCAAACAACCCCGUAGUUUUCUUCGAUGUAACCAUCGGCGGGCAGGAGGUCGGCCGCAUGAAGAUCGAGCUGUUUGCAGACGUUGUACCCAAAACAGCAGAGAACUUCAGGCAGUUUUGUACAGGUGAAUUCAGGAAAGAUGGUGUCCCUAUAGGUUAUAAAGGAAGCACUUUCCACAGGGUAAUAAAGGAUUUCAUGAUCCAAGGAGGUGACUUCGUAAAUGGAGACGGCACUGGAGUAGCCAGUAUAUAUAGGGGUCCUUUUGCAGAUGAAAACUUCAAGCUGAAACACUCUGCUCCUGGCCUGCUUUCUAUGGCAAACAGUGGUCCGAGUACCAACGGCUGCCAGUUCUUCAUCACUUGCUCCAAGUGUGACUGGUUGGAUGGGAAACAUGUUGUUUUUGGUAAAAUUGUCGAUGGGCUGUUGGUCAUGAGAAAAAUUGAAAAUGUGCCUACAGGUCCCAAUAACAAACCGAAGUUGCCAGUUGUGAUUUCUCAGUGUGGGGAAAUGUGAAGCGAAGAAAAAGCAAUGUGUGUUCCUUUACUGGUGAUUAGACCUGUGCUGGCUCCAUGCAAUUCCAAUUCCAGCCAGCUCACCCACUGCCCCAGACUUCUCCACAGACCAGAUCCAUCUUCUUGAGGUUCUCCUGAAAUUAUUUAAUAAUGGGCAUCUUUUUUCUUUUUUAUUUUUUUUAACAUUUUGAAAUGUAAAUAAAAAAAAUUUUAAACAUG